CUGGUCCCAUACCAUGCGCCUGUCUGUGAAACUGAGCGUAUAAAGGCAUGAGUACGGAGUUGCUGCAUGGCCGUCCGCUUCUGCCCUGCUCCCCUCUCCGAGGAAUUGGCCUACAGCGCAGGUUCUCGUCGCGAUGCUCCGUUCGGCGGUCUUCAGUCUCGCUCUGGCGUUGCCCAUCGCCUCGCAGCAGAUUUACGACAUCUGGUCAACGACGUGGCAAAGGGAUGACCUUUUCACUUACACGAACCUGGGUUCCAACCCAAUCAACUUUGUGACACCGGGACCCACCGGCACAUCGGACAUCAAGGUCGCUGAGACCACCUACUACCAGGACAUCGUUGGUUUUGGCGCAGCGUUGACGGACUCGUCUGCCAAGCUGCUAAGCCAGCUUAAGUCUCAAGACUCGAGCCAGUACUGGUCACUCAUUAACUAUUUAUUCGAUCCUACCGAUGGCGCGAAUGCAGCAGGGAUGUCCUACCUGCGAGUUCCUCUCGGCGCGUCCGACUUUUCUGCUUCUACGUACACGUUCGACGACACGAGCGGCGACACCUCGCUCAGUGACUUCAACAUCAAUGCCGCGCCGUCUUAUCUGUACUCGACGAUUGCAGACAUCCGUACUGUCAACAGUGGUAUCAAGAUCCAUGUCUGCCCUUGGUCUCCCCCGGGGUGGAUGAAAGAUGGCGGAUCCAUCGCCGGCGGAAAGUUCUACACAUCGUUCACUAGCACCUAUGCGAAUUACCUGCUGAAGGCCUUACAGGGCUUCCAGAGCAAAGGCAUACCAGUUUGGAGGAUCAGCCUUCAGAAUGAGCCGCAGAACAGCAACCCUACCUACCCGUCCGCCCUCAUCGAUGCUUACUGGGAGGGCCAGCUCGGUACCCAGCUCCGGGCGCUCAUGAACAACAAUGGCUUCUCUAGCACUCUCAUCAUAGGAUAUGAGCACAACUGGGACGACGCGGGAGCGUACCCUGUCACCCUAAUGGAGGACGCCGGGAGCGCGUUCGACGGCGUCUCCUUCCACUGCUACGCUGGCAAUGUUGGCGACCAGAAGACGUUCUACAAUGCCUACCCAAACAAGAACGUAUAUUUCACCGAGUGCUCCGGUACCAUUGGCAGUGACUGGUGGAGCGACAUCAAGUGGUACCUGAACAACAUCUUUAUCGGCGCCGUGAACAACUGGUCGCGGAACGGGGCCAUGUGGAACCUCGCCCUGGACGGCUCUGGGCAACCUGAGCUGCCCGGCUCGAACAGUUGCGGCGGCGGCGGGUGCCGCGGGGUCGUCCAGAUCAACAGCGGAGGUACCUGGUCGGUCAACCAAGAAUUCUACGCGAUCGCGCAGGCGUCGAAGGCGAUCCUUCCUAGGGACUCCGGCGGGCCGUUCGGCCAGCGCAUCGGCGUGUCCGUGGGCGGCAACCAGAACCUCGUCGUAUCGGCCUUCGUCACGAAGCGUGUCUCAUCGACCGACUGGUGGCGGUACAGCCUGGUCGUGCUGAAUCAGAACGAUGACAACAAUGGGUCUUGGGACCCCGUUGACAUCGCCGCCACCAUCGAAUUCAAGGGCAUGCAGGCGUCGUAUACCUUUCCUGUCGGUGUUACCACUCUGUGGUGGUACGCUGCCCCGGAAUGAGCUAGGUUGUCGUCUUCUAUCGCGAUGCAGUGCGUCCAUUUCGUAUCCACCGACUCCGUUUCCUCUUGCCCCUCAGACGGCAUCUUGAUGGCGUACUACACCUUCACUCGUUUGACCUUGACGGUCCUUACUGCUCUCCAGCCUGUUGCAUCUGUUGUUGUAGUUCAGGGUCUUAUGGUCGUUGCAAUGGAAUGAUGUUCGAGGCUCGCUUAACGC